CCUGAAGAUUUUAAUAAUAACAAUUGUUAGUAUUCAUGAGCGGGAUCUGAGCACCGGUUUGUUUUCCAACACAAUUGCUGGAUAUAACCUUCCAGCAGCAGCAGGAAAAAAUGGGCAAUAGCUUCUCAAACAUCUCUGCCUUCCAGUCUCUACACAUUGUCAUGCUGGGGUUGGACUCUGCGGGUAAGACCACAGUUCUUUAUAGACUCAAAUUUAAUGAAUUUGUCAACACGGUUCCAACGAUCGGAUUCAACACUGAAAAGAUCAAACUGAGUAACAGCACGGCAAAGGGCAUCAGCUGUCACUUCUGGGAUGUGGGAGGCCAGGAGAAGCUAAGACCCCUUUGGAAAUCCUACAGCCGGUGCACUGAUGGGAUCAUUUAUGUUGUGGACUCUGUGGAUGUCGACAGGCUGGAGGAGGCCAAGACUGAACUGCACAAAGUCACCAAGUUUGCAGAGAACCAGGGUACACCACUGCUGGUCAUCGCCAACAAACAGGACCUACCCAAAUCUCUUCCAGUGGCAGAUAUUGAGAAGCAGCUGGCUCUGCACGACCUCACCCCCUCCAUUACCUAUCACAUCCAACCUGCAUGUGCUAUUAUAGGUGAGGGGCUUCAUGAGGGUAUGGACAAACUGUAUGAAAUGAUCCUGAAGAGAAGGAAAUCGCUAAAACAGAAGAAGAAGCGGUAACAGCUGCUCAUUCUGGGGACAGUGUUUCAGUUCCAUUUCAGAAUCAGUAUUCCUUUAUUGUCCCACAAACAGGGAAAUGUGUUUGCCACAGCAUCCAAACGAAUAUUACAAAAAACACAACAAUAGUAAAAACUAAACAAUAUAAUUAAAAAGGUAAGAAAUAGAAUAGAUUUGUAUCUACAUAUAAACAUGAUAUUGUACAAAAUUAACCAGACCAGCAAACCAGAAAUUAGUUUUGUAUAGUUGUAUUGCACAGUGAUCAGUGAGGUCUAUAUGGAGCAGUGCUGGUUGUAAAGUCUGACAGCAGCAGGAAGGAAGGACCUCUCCUUCACACACUUAGGGUGUAUCAGUCUGUUGCUGAAAGAGCUGCCCAGUGCUGAGAUAGUGUCCUGCAGGGGGUGGGACUCCUGCACCAGCAGUGAUGACAGCUCGUCCAUCAUCCCUCUCUCUCCCACCACCUGCAUUGGGUUGAAAAUCUGUGUUUGGCCAGUGUUGCCCCAUUUGUACUGUGUGUUGAUUUUUUUAAAUAUCUGGAUUAAAGCUGGUAAAUGCUGGGAAGCCAUGGAUGACACUUUUGCAUACAUGAGGCCACUCCCAUGUCUGCAGGAUAUAAACUACUGAAUAAGUUAACCAAAAAGACUGGUUGAGAAACUUGAAAUGACUCUCCAGGUCUCCACCAGAGAGGAAGACAAACGGGCUGGCCUGUUUAUCAGCUGCUUUAUCAUGGACUUUGAAGACAGUUUGACUUGAAAAAUUGCUGUCGGCUAUUUAAAUGGGCUCAAAAAUGUGUAGUAUUGCUGUGUGUUUAUGGAUGCCAUGCUGACUGUUCUUUUAGCAUUGAAGUAGCCUGUCCUCCACAUGGUUCACUGAGAACAGUGCUCACUCUUUUACACUUUUCAUAUCCUAAAAAAAGUACAAAAAAAAGUCAAACAAACUGUGUCCAUAAGGGAACAGGCCCAGGUGGUUUAUGUACUAAAAUGCCAAAAUCAA